GGGACUGGUAUUGAAAGCCUGGAAGAGGUAGAUCUCUCGUUUGCGUGUGUUCAGGGUGUUCAGGGUGUGGAUGCACAGGGUACUGAACCUAGUAUUGAAUCUCAGGAAAAGUCUGAGGUAUCUGACUUAGUUGAAAAGGAAUGCAGUUCUUUUAGGUCAGAUGGACUUGGUUCAAUGAAGAAAGGGUUAACCUUGGUACCAGUGGAAAGUGAGAAUUCUCAGUUGUUUGUGUUAGAAGGUGUGUUAAAAAUUAAUGAUGAGAUGAAAGCUGGUGAUGUGAAUAUUAUUGAAGGAGAAGGAAAAGGUAUUGUUCCUAAAUUGAAUAAAGAACAUUUAAAGUCGAGUGUGGUGUCAGAACUGUUGACCAAAGGGAAGGGACCAUUAACUGAACAGUGGUUUGUUAACAAGGUGCCUGUGAAUCAAUUACAGUUUGUUUGGAAAUUUAAAGAUAAACGACUUGCUGAUGUUAUUCAAGUACGUGAUUUGGAGAGGCAGAACUUGAAAUGUUGUUUUGACCAAGAGGGAUCAUCUGCUGCUGUUAAACUGAAAACAAAUAGAAUGAAAGAUCCUGAAGAUAAAGUUAAUGACUUGCUUAAAAUUAACGAAUUGUGUGGAAGUUCAGCAAAUGGGCUUAGUUUGGAAAACAUUGGUGAUAAGAUAGCUCCUGUGAAAGGAGUCUGUGAUGGCCUAUUCCACACUGGUGAGCAAGCUAACCACGUGAGAGUUAAGUGGAAAAGGGGACAAAGGUUGACCAAAUGCCACUUUGAACAACAGGAUCUGGUUUUGAGUUCUAGAAACUCCACCUAGACCAAGAUAGGUACCCAGGACAGACCCAGGAUGAGGUAACUUUUGCUUUACAAAAAGACCACUUG